AUGCCCAGAAUAGGUACUACGGUAAAGAUGCUAGGGGCCGGCGCACUGCUCUGCAUUGGCGGGCCAGCUCUUGUCCAGUAUGUGCGACCAACAGAGGAGGAAUUAUUCCAGAAAUUCAACCCGGAACUCCAAAAACGGAACCUAGAAACGCGCGACCAGAGACAAAAGGACUUUGAUUCCUUUGUCACGCAAUUGAAGACGCACGCGAAGUCUGAUAAAUCCAUCUGGCAUGCCAUAAAGGAAUCCGAAACCACGAACCGCAGAGAAGUCGAGACACGACGAAAAGCAGAACUGGAAGAAGCGGAGAGACAAAAGGCGCAGAUCAGAAAGGAGCUGGCGGAAGGGUCGUAG